AUGGAUCACUUAUCAGCUGGACAUAAUCUUCCUUUGGGGAGGCCUGGGCCUCGUCAACGCGUCGCGCCCAUUGUCCCAGUCCUGGUGCUUUUUCUCCUUGUUAAUCUCUCAAUGAGUCUCUAUCAACUACCAUCCAAUCGAUUGAUCGAGAAGCGUCUAUGUGUAGAUUACUAUCACCGGAAUGAUCCCUCUAAGUUCCUACCCGACGGUAGUUUGGACGAGAAACUGUGCAAAAUUCGUGAUAUCGAAAAAGAGCUUGGCCGAAUCCAGGGCGUGAUGGAAACGCUUUGGGUUGCUGGAGAUUUUAUCAUGACAAUUCCGCUGAGUUUCCUCGCUGAAAAAUGGGGGCGCUCUUCUAUCCUCAGAUUCAAUCUCAUCUCUCGUUCAUUCCUGCUAUUCUGGGCUAUCGCUGUCGGUAACUUCGAUCAUCUACUCUCAACUCGUGCUAUACUAGCAGGCCCUGCCCUCUCCGUCCUCGGUGGAGACUGUGUCUUCAACUCUCUUACAUAUGCACUUGUCUCGAACCUGACAGAUGAUCAUGUUCAGCGGGCCAUAUACUUUGGCUACAUGAGCUCUGUCUCUUAUGUUGUGGCGCUGCUCGGUCCAGCUUUGGCCUCUGCUACCAUGUCAUUGUCGCUGUUACUCCCAUUCUGGCUGGGAAUCUUAUUGCUGCUGUUUGCCAUACCGGCCAUACGGAUGCUGCCAUCACCUCUGAACAUGAGUAAAAACGUCGAUGAUCCCGAUGAGGAACAACAUGAACCUCUUUUAUCAUCUCCACGCUUGAAAGCCCAAGAGGAUACUCAGUCGGUCUUCCAUUCAGUGUUACAACGCCUCGAGACUAUCAGAAACAUCGUCACCAGACAUCCAACGAACUUUACCCUACUUCUCUUCAGCUUCAUUCUCACGUCUCUUGCAAGUUCUGACACGAAACUCCUUGUUCAAUAUAUCUCCGCACGAUACGAAUGGACCUUUGCUGCGGCCGGAUACCUUCUAUCCGGAAAGGCGGUCGUUAACUUCACGUUACUGACACUUGUCAUUCCUCAAAUAUUGCGUUCGGCGCGUCUCGUGCCAGGCGAGGCAUACUCGGAAGCUGCGGACAAAUUAAACCUUUGGAACGCUAUGUAUUGUCUGUUGGUCUCUGUAUUUGGUGCCUUGGGAAUUGCCGUGGCGAGCAGUAUCUGGAUGCUCGUUCCAGCAAUGUUCAUAUACGCUCUCGGAUCUGCCUUACCUAUCUUUACUCUUUCCCUUCUCAAAUCACCCGCUAUAUCACCCCAGCACAUGGAAGAUGCUACCCAUGCGUCUGAGAUUGAGAACCAUGUCUUCUCGAUCGUCAUGUUGGUCAAGACUGCAGGGUCUCUUAUUGGUGCCCCGCUGAUGGCUACGCUCUGGGUCUACGGCCUAAGCCUAGGCGAAUUUUCACUUGGGAUGCCGUUCUUUUUCAGCAGCGUCUGUUACGGUGUGGCUAUUUGGGUAAUUUUCAACAUCAAAGUAGAUAGAUAUUGGAUGUCUCGACCCUAA